ACAUGCGCCACCCCGAGGAGUGGAGGUCUUGAGUAACUGCCCUCCUUUAUCGAAAACUGGUUGCUGGAGUCCAGUGUCGCCAUAUUGUCAUCCCGAAGCUCUGAGAGGUCCUGAGGAGAGAGCCUUUGCAUCCACCUGAAGAUGUCUGGCCCGGUCACCAGCCGAUCCCGGGUUUACCCCGAUGUGAACACACAAAGACCCCGGGAGUACUGGGACUACGAGUCACACGUUGUAGAGUGGGGGAAUCAAGAUGACUACCAGCUGGUGCGAAAGCUCGGCCGGGGCAAAUACAGCGAAGUCUUUGAAGCUAUCAACAUCACAAACAACGAGAAAGUAGUCGUCAAAAUACUCAAGCCAGUAAAAAAGAAGAAAAUCAAGCGAGAAAUCAAGAUUCUAGAAAACCUGCGAGGCGGCCCCAACAUCAUCUCACUUCUAGACAUCGUCAAGGAUCCAGUGUCUCGGACUCCAGCUCUGGUCUUUGAACACGUCAACAACACAGACUUCAAGCAAUUGUAUCAAACGCUCUCCGACUACGACAUACGGUUCUACAUGUAUGAGAUCUUGAAGGCUCUGGACUACUGUCACAGUAUGGGAAUCAUGCACAGAGACGUCAAGCCACACAACGUCAUGAUCGACCACGAACACAGAAAGCUUCGCCUUAUAGACUGGGGUUUGGCAGAGUUCUACCACCCUGCUCAGGAGUACAACGUACGAGUGGCUUCCCGGUACUUCAAGGGUCCAGAGCUGCUGGUCGACUACCAGAUGUACGACUACAGUUUAGACAUGUGGAGCUUGGGCUGCAUGCUGGCCAGUAUGAUCUUCAGGAAGGAGCCUUUCUUCCAUGGACACGACAACUACGACCAGCUUGUACGGAUCGCAAAAGUCCUGGGCACAGAAGACCUGUAUGACUACAUUGACAAAUACAACAUCGAGCUAGACCCAAGGUUCAAUGACAUUCUGGGCAGGCAUUCCCGUAAGCGGUGGGAGAGGUUUGUCCACAGUGAGAACCAGCACCUGGUCAGCACUGAAGCACUGGACUUCCUGGACAAGCUGCUGCGUUACGACCACCACGCCCGCCUCACCGCCCGGGAGGCCAUGGAACACCCCUACUUCUACCCCAUUGUGAAAGACCAGGCGAGGAUGGGCUCUAUAUCAGGGCUGUCGACUGGUUCUACCCCAGUCAGCUCCUCCAGUAUGAUGACAGGCAUCACUUCCAUGUCCUCGUCGCAGCCCCUGGCUAACGUGGCGGGCUCUCCUGUGAUCUCUUCCCCCAGUGCUCUGGCCACGCAGGUCCCAGCUGCCGGGGCCCAGCCCUGAACGGUGCUCUCAGCCUGGGGCCCGGGACGGACCCGCUGCCCUUGUCUGGGACGGCCUACCAAGCCCUCAGAAGGUCCAGGCAACAAUCAUUUUUAUGUUGAGUAUAACAAAGAGAGAAAAAAAAAAGAUAUUAGGUUCCCCUUUUUUCUUUUUCCAUACAAUAAUUAUAUAUUGAGAUCCGGGCGCACAACGAGAGACAGAAAAAAGAAGAUAAAACAAACAUUACUUGCGUCUGUGUCCGGAUAAAAACAGUAGCUGCGUUCUUUCAUAAUGAGUGUCUAGAAAUGCAACUACAAUGUAGAAAUGAAGCAAAAUGGAUAAUAAAAUGUAUUUUAUAUGUCCCUAAAGUACUUUUGUUUGAGGUGGUUUUCUAUGGGCCAGAGGUUAUCAUUUUCUAAUCAACCGUUAGUGGUCACAUGAAAUGACUCAUGGGCUGCAUGUAACACUUUUUGUUUGUUAAAUACAUUUCUUCUGUUGGUCACAUAGUUUCAACAUUGAAUUUCUCUCUAUAGAACGACACCCCCCGGUAGUUAUUUUCAAUGUUAUGUAAUGUUUUUAUCACGAGGCAUUUUCACAAUGAUUAUGCUUGUUAUUUAGUUGUGGCUAUUCAAGGCUCAUUGAACAACCAUUUUGUACAAGAGUUAAGGUGACAUAUGACAUUGUGUUUAUAAAAUGUAUUCAAUAA